AUGUUGAAACCCAAGAAAAAAUAUUGCUUGAUAUGCACAAAGAAGAAAAAGAACAUGCUAGUUAUCGAACCAUGCAACCAUCUUGUCUGCUUUGACUGUUUAUCAGUUUGGAUUGCAACGCAUGAAAUGAACUGCCCUAUUUGUCGAACAAAUAUUAAAUGUGCAUACGGAAAAGAGAAAAAUGGAGAGAUCAAAAGAAAAAUUAUAUUACAAAAUCCUCCCGAAAUCGAUUACGGAUCUUAUUCUCCGCCCAAAGGCACUGAUGAAUGGCAAAAGAAACUUGCACGGCUAUGGAAUUAUAUUCCAAAGAGAGUUUGGAUUGUGUUAUUUCAAUAUGGCGUUGAAAAUCAAAUAAUUUAUUCUCUAAUUAUGAAAAUCUUAUCUACAAAGUCAAAAACCGACGCAAAGCAUGAAAUUGAUAAACUAAUAGGUGCAAUAAUUCCUUCAUUUACCGACCAAUUGCUUGACUUCGAAAUUCCUGCUCCCAAGGUUGUAGAAGAUGAAGAUGAUGACUAUCCAAGCAAUUAA